AUGGAUUUUAAUUGCUUGUACACUGUUUACUCUACUGGAAAAGUUAAGCAUUACGGUUUCAUUGAAUUCAAGUAUCCAGAGGUUAUAUCACUCCCAAUGCUUAAAGUUGCAAAAAUAGUUGCUGACUGUAUGCAUAAUUACUUGUUGCUUGAGCACAUGCUGCAAGUACAGUUGAUUCCUGCAGAGCGUGUACAUCCUAAAUUAUGGAAAGGUGUAAAUCGUAGGCAGAAAGUGUCGGUUGACUUUGUUCAAAUAGAGAGGCUGAAGCAUAAUAAGGAUAGAUCACUGGAGGAGCAAAGGAAAAUGCUGAAAUCAAUUCUGAAGCGGGACAAAAAACGAAGAAGUAAAAUUCAAGCUGCUGGAAUUGAUUACGAAUGUCCUGAAAUUUUUUUGUGUGACCUAGUGUAUGAUGCUCUUGUCACACUGAUUAUGGGAUGGAUUAUAUGCUACUAACUUAACUGUGCAAUUGCAAUUAGAAUCCUGAAAACGCUGGGUUAUGUAAGAACAUGCCUUAGAAACUUUACAUGCAUCCAUAGAGUAAGU